GCGAGUUCUGUUCUUUCGACAAUACGCAUGCAUUGCGCGACUUUGACGGACGACGCAUCGACGCAGCGCAUCGUGUUUAUUGCGCCUAUGUGCCCCUGUUUGUUUCGACGAGGAUCGAGUAAUGCAAUCGAUUGUUGCGAUAAAUAUCGUUUUAUAAAAUUGGAUUAAAGUUUUUGUGCCCGAGAAUCAGCGUAAUAUUCGAAGGGUGAGGACGCGAGCGAGGACGGGUGACCGGGAAAUAUGGGUCGUAGGAAAGGGAGUGGUUUGCGAGCAAGGACGGAGAAAUGUGACGGAUCGACCGCUCGUCGUGACAUAGGAGACGGGAAUGGGAGUAGGAGAAAAGAAGCGGAUGAAAGUACGGCGGUGGGAGGUGAGAAGAAAGACACAUCGAUCGGCGUUCGUUCCCGGUUAACGUAUCCUUUGGUUCGACCACCGGACGACGAGUCUGGAUCGUGGUCGAACGAGAGCAGCAGCGAGGAGGAGAAGGAAGAGGAGAGGAUCGAGUUAAACGUUAGACCGCGAUUCGUAUUCGUGUCGAGUCUUUGCGCGAUUUGCCUGAAGAGAUGUAAAUUGUUUUGCGAACGUUGCCGCAUGGUGUCUUAUUGCUCGACGGCGCAUCGAACGCAGGGAUGGUCGAAGCAUCGCGAGUUGUGCGAACCUCUGACGGAGAUUCGUUUGUUGCUCUGUUCUAUGCUCUCUACGGACGGUGACGGUGACGGGGACAAGAAAAAGAAAUCGAGAGCGCUGGUGGGACAGCUGGACGCGGAACAGUACCGAGUUUAUCGAUUGCAGCUUCUGGCGAUUCUCGAGUCGAAGAUGAGGAGGCCGUUGGAACUUUGGGAGAAAGAGAUUGUACUGUAUCCUAGGGUUUGUCGUGUUUGUCGCCGGUUCGGCGAAAAGUUAAUUUGUUGCGCGCGCUGCGGAAUGGAAUGGUUUUGCAAGGAACACAGGGACGAACACGAGAAGUGGUGCGACGAGUUUCGAGUGUUGGAAAGAAUUUUACUGCUUCAGCGUAGGUACGGUUGUGUUAAUCCGAAAAUACCAAAGGUGCGUGGAGAGAUGUCAGGAUUGAGAGAGGUCGAUUUCGACGAAACGAUGUACCGAAUUUACGGGGAUUGCUCGUAUUAUCGCGAAAUGGAUUGUUACACGUACUCGGUCUUGUCUCACGUGUCUACGAUUCCGCUGACAGCCCUGUAUUCUAUGGAAAUUUGUUGCCCUGAGUGGCAGAGGAAAAGCGAUUGGACGAUACACGUGGUCGGUGCAGAAUUUCAAUUCGAGGGUAUGAAGUUGGAGGUGUGGGAAAAGUUGUUUCUUCACUUUCUGCCCAAUUUGAAGAGGAUUCGUUUAACGUUGGUCGGGCCGGAAUUACAGUUACCGAGUGGCGUGCCUCCGGAACUGUUGUCGAAAGUGAAAGUUUGCAGCAAGUGCAAAUCUGCCGGUAAAGAGGUAAUCGUUUCGUUUCGUCCCGAAACGCUUUACCACCAUUUGUUUCCUGACGCGUCGCAAGAGAGCGCGAUUCAACCUGUCGACCUGAUUUGCGUUUUCAAUCCUGGCCUUUACCGGAACACCGGGUUCGGAGGGAGGGACACGUGGCCCGAAACGAUACGAGAGUUUUGCAUACGAUCAACUCCCGUUGUCGUUACGUCUUACACCGCGGACGAGAUGGUUUGGGAAAUAGCCCGAAUAAAUUCUAUCGCAGACGUGGAGAUAAUUUUGCAACCCCGACGAAAUCCGUUCGCGUCGAUCAAGCCGGAUCGAAACUUUGUCAGCGACGACGCUAGCCCCCUUAUUUACAAGAAUUACUACAUUUCCAUCGUUAAAGGCAAGUCGUCGAGUUAAUGGUAAUAUGUAACGGUCAGGCAGGUAGGGAAGGGAGCAAAGUGUUGGAUGAAAGUGUUACGCAUGUUUAUUCUUUCGCCUGAUACGCGUACAUAUGAUUGUGUAUACUAUACGGUAGUUGUAGAUUCUAAUAAAAGAUGGAGAACGAUCGGUAACGAAUCGUAUCGAGAAAAGGAAGAAAAAGUUGCCGAUUCGAAAUUACGUAUCACAGAUGAAAUUGUACAUGUAUUAUCAAUCGAGUAACCUUGGCGUUAACGUGAAAUGUUUCGCGGAACGUUUACGUUAUCUACGAGCACGCAUGCACGCAGACAGGCGAGCGUAUACAAAUAUAAAUACAUACACGCAUUAUAUAAUAAUAUAUGCAUA